AAUGCUCUCAAUCCCAAGCCUCCUGUUGGGUUUCUAAUUUCUGCUUGGAUUAAAGUUCAUGAUCUAAAUUUCUACUUUGAAGAACUUGAAGAUUUGGGUUUCCUUUACCGUCUAAGGCUCUAAGCAUUCUGUUGGGCAAGUGCGCAUAGUUAACGAAAUCGGAGUUAUUCUACCCAUCGGAGAAGCUGCAGAUAUUGCUUGCUGCGCUUUCUAGUACUCCAACCUACGACGUAUCUAGGAGGUUUAUGUUCAUUUCUAGAAUAUGAUUUCAUGAAAUUCCUUAUUUGAAAUGCUAGAAUCGAAUUGCUUUUUGUUCUUUCUAACUAAUUAAAUCAGACUGUGGAUGAUGUGCAGGCGCGAGAUGCAAAGUGGGGAAGUCAAGAGGCAAAAAAACUGAAACAUUAUUUUUGAGUGGUUUUGUUAAAGUUAGAAUCCACGUUGGCUUAAUUUAAAAAUUCAUCAAAGCAUGCAGGCUUUUAUUUUUAUUCUACGCUUUACGGGGAGGAAGAUGAACCCUCUUGUUUUGUCUCAUAAUUACACUUCGCUUUUAUUCUUUUUCUCUUUUCUUUUGAACUCCAGGAUUUGAUUUUUAAACCGGGUAAAUAUUUCACCCCUCAAAUAAAGCGCGUGGCCAUCAAGUCAUUUUUUUGUAGAGUUUACGAUAGUAAAACUCGAAACUCCGACCAUUUCAUCCAAACACUUAAGGUUUGGGAUCGAACCAUUGUGCUUAAAGGCCCGGUUCAUUUCGCGUUUUUUAAAUUAUUAUUAAUUCUACGCGUUUUUGAAGGGGGUAGGGAAGCUUCCUUUAUUUACAUUCCAAUACGCGUUUUCUUCCAUUUUGACCAUUAAGCAAUGAAGUCUUUGGCUUCUUUGCCGCUGGACAAAAGACUCGAACUAACUUCACAUGUUGUAAUUAUUUGGUUAAAGCUCAAAAAUUUAUAGAUUUGUUACUAAGACAUUUGUUUUUUAUUUUAUUAAUUAAAUUUUAAUUUUUUAAAAAAAUUUAGUAAAAAAAUAUUUUUUUGUAAAUUUUUUAAUUUUUGUUAUGGAUCACUUUUACUACAAAUUCUACGCGUUACUCACCGCCUCUUGCCAGCUAAUGUUGAAAAAUGGAAAACAACCACACAAGAAAUGGCCCUACUUACCGACUCUUGAGACUUUUUAGGCCUUACUCACUGCCUCUUGCCCGCUAAAGUAGAAAAAUGGAAAACAACCACACAGGAAACGGCCCUACUUACCGACUCUUGAGACUUUUUAGCACUUACCCACCGCCUCUUGCCGGCUAUUGUUGAAAAAUGGAAAACAACCAAAUAGGAAACGGCCCUACUUACCGACUCUUGAGACUUUUUAGCACUUACCCACCGCCUCUUGCCGGCUAUUGUUGAAAAAUGGAAAACAACCAAAUAGGAAACGGCCCUACUUACCGACUCCUGAGACUUUUUAGCCUUUACCCACCGCCUCUUGCCCGCUAUUGUUAAAAAAUGGAAAACAGCCAAAUAGGAAACGGCCCUACUUACCAACUCUUUGAGACUUUUUUUAGUCCUGUUAGCAUCCGAGUUCCCUUAUAUCACCAAGUACGCCUAGCACUUUAUCUGGCGAUUUGAGGAAUACGGUUGAUUGGCGGAUGAGAAGAAUAUUGAUCAUCAGGAGGAGGUGAUGAUAAUGCGUUACAGCUCUCCUGAGUU